ACGCUAUUAUUAGAGAACCAGAAUUCUCAGAGAAACUAAACCCGAAAAAGAAAAGAAGAAGAAGAAGAGCUAAAGAAAAGGUUCAAGAAUGGGUGAAGUACACAUUCAGAGUCAACAAGAACCCAUUGUUGCAAUUUAUCCAACACCAUUAUUGCAAAAAUCUCCAACAACAAUGGAUGAAUAUCAGAGCCAAGAACAAGAUCAUUCAAUGGUGGAGCCCACUGACCGCUUCUCCAUGCUGCGUCUCAACAGCUUCAACAACCGCCAGCCACCAUGCGCCGCCGCCGCCGCCAACAACAACAACUCGAUGAAGCGCCGAUCACCCUCGUCCUCUUCCUCCGGCGAACCAAGAAGCGCCAAGAAGCUCUUCUUCGAUCAAGAGGAUCUCACCCUUCAUGGCUUCUCCGCCAUUUCACUUCCUGUCAGCCUCGGCACCUUCGCCGACAAAACUCCGUCGCGCCCUGUUCUUCGUCGCUGCUCUUCCGACCCCCACAGACCGCCGGCGGACUUACCGGAGCAAGCCACGCCGCCGCCGAGAGGGUAUGGUUUGCCUCCUCUGCCUCCGGUCUUCGGAAGAAGCUCGUCUGAUAUCACUCGUGAUUCAAUGAGACUGAAAAGGAUGAAGGAGCGUUUGAGAGAGAUGAGGCAAUGGUGGGAUGAAGCUAUGAAAGAUGAGGAUGAAAAAGAAGACGAGUUCGCAGUUGCUGAAGAUAAUAAAGUUCAAUCUCAGGAUGAGUUGGGAAGAGAUUCUGAAGAAGCUGUUAGUGUAGAAUGGGCUGACAAGUGCGUAAGCCUUACUUUUAAGUGUCCAUGUGGCAAAGGCUAUGAGGUUCUUCUAUCUGAAAACAACUGUUACUACAAGUUGGUCUAGUUGAAUUAAUAUGUUCCGGCUCCUUUUAGUUUGGGAUCACUAUUGUUUUUAUUCUCUUAGUUUGUCAAAGUCUUUCUGUUCUCAUAUGUCGCAUUUGGUUGUAAAUAGAACCAAUGUAUGUCACUUACAUUCAAUAAUGUAAACAAAAUGUACGACAUGUUCAAUGUAAA